AUGGAGCCAGAAAAAGAAUCAUACGAAAAGCUGCCCUCAACCCGACAAAGCAAAAUGAAGAUCGAUGCUCUACUCAACCCAGGCGAUCAAGGCUCUGAAUCCCCUCGUCCUACAUACGCCCCAAUCUCCUACCGUCACAGUUACCAUCAACCCUCACCCAGCUUCCCAUCAAGCCCAAAGCAUUGGCACUCGAGGUAUUACAACACUAGCCCAGGUGCUCUAUCCAGCGCCAAAGCAGCAACCCACAGCAGCACCAACAGCAGUUACCCCCAGAGCCCGUACCCCCCGCAGCACCAGCACCAAAUGUUCGUGAGCUAUCAUCACAACAAGCAAUCCCACGGCAGCCCCAGCACCAACCAAAGCUCAAUCUCCGCUCCUUCCUCGCCAGAUCCGUAUUCCCGGGAACGAUUCUCCAGCGUCUCCAGCACUUCCUCCACAAACGGCAGUGACCGGCGGCGCCCCCCGCGCCCAAAGUACGAAGAAGAGGAAAUGUACUUCAUUUGGUACCACCGUGUGGACUUGUGCCAGGAAUGGAAGGAGGUCCGCGAGGCCUUCAACCGCCAGUUCCCGGACCGCCAGAGACGCGGCUUCCAGGGGAUCCAGUGCAAGUUCUACCGCUUUAUCAAAGAGAAAAAGUGUCCCACGCUGCGGGAGCAGCGCCGCAUGCGAGAUGGGGAGUUCCUGAGGGAGGGUGCUACCGCGGCCCUGACGGGGGCGGGGGAUGUUAGCGGGGCGCCCAAGUUUGGCGUGAGAGAAUAUACUAGUGUUUGGUAUCCUUGGAUGAGGAGGGGGGAUGGGGAUGUUGGCAUGAAGAGGAUGUGA